AUGGCGGGAGGCAUGGUGCGGAUGGUGAACGGGGUGCCCGUGAAGGUGCUACCGGCGGAAGUCUCUGGUGGGAUGGGGAGGGAGGCAGCUGGAGGGAUCAUGGCGGUGCGAGUAGCGCAUUUAGCGGCAAAGCUGGCGCAGCAGGAAGCGGCCACGGCUGCUCUCAAGAGAGAGGUUGACGAAAUGAAACGCGCGAUGGCGAUGGCGAAGGCCGAAGCGGCGAAGGGCGCAGCGGCGAAAGGGGCGUGGGACACGGGGAGGAGUGAGCUUGAGUCUGAGAUGGAGGGGAUGGAGGAGCACGUUGAGGUGGUGAGGAGGGCAGCCGCGGUGGGCGCGCUGAAGGCGGAGAUUGCGCGGAUGGGGGCUGCGGCGGAGCGGCUUUCGGCGGAAGUGGCGUACGUCCGCACAACGGCGGCGCACACUGAGGCGCGGAUGAACGACGUGGAGCUGGCGGUGGCGGAGUGGAAGAGCGCGCGGGAGAAGACGCACGCGGAGAUGUAG